AUGCCUGAAGUCGAGCACAACGGCGCGUUAAGUGACGAUGUGACUGUCGCGACGGACCAGAUGGAGAAGUUAUACACACACCUGCAGUACGGCGUUAAGAUCCCACGGCAGAGAGGGACUUCUGAUGCUGAACGCAUUGUCGAACUGGAGAGAGCGUUUGAUGGGCUGCGGACAGAGUUAAUGGAUACACUGACUGCAUUGAGGCAGUUGUUCUUCAACGCGCUCGAAUCCACAAAGAAUGAGCGACGAUCGUCGGAAGCAUCCACGUCGAGUCACGCCCACCGCAUCGAGAAUCUCCGAUCCCAAAUACAGGUCCUCACAUUGGAACAUGACAUUCUGAAGGCUCGGCAAGACACCGACCGCGCUGCCAUUGGUGGCCUUACCGGAGACGUUGCUACCCUACGAGAAAUGCACCACGGCUCCUAUCAACUACUCCAUUCAACAACCGAACGACUCGACCGCGUACAGUCCGAGAGUACCCACCUACUGGACACCAUCGUCCCAAACCUCUUCCACCAGACAACCUGUAACUGCUACACCAAAGGAGGCGCAUUGCCCGACCCCAACGUGCGCACUCUGCAAGCAGAGCUAGAUGCUGCAGUUGGAACUGCUCCGCACGUAAAGCAGAGACUGUACAGCGCGCUGCAUGAUCUUGUGGUAAACAACAACGGUCGCGUGAACUUGGUCAUCAGCGAUGCUAUUCCGCUGCUCCUCAACAUAUCUCACUACGGCCCGGACACAAAGGCACUAGAUCGCGAGUGGCACAAAGACACUUCGCCCUGCGGACUCAGAUCCAGAGACGCUGCAUUCUACGCUCAUCCUCUUUGUUUGGCCCUUACGUUCGUGCUCGCACUGGCAGAAGGGCCAAUGUCGUCCAGAAGCAAGAAACAGAAGCUCUGUCUUUGCAGCAAAUGCCGGGAAUUCACGCACGACGACAACGGUGUCCUGAGACCCGGCGUCAGGCAAGACCUCAGGGCAUGGAAGGCGCAUGCAACAGAAGACGCGCUGCUUGUACCCAACAGCACAGCUCGGUAUGAGAACGCAGUGCUUCUUGCCUCCGAGUCGUUUGGAGAAGCUUCUGCAUCUCGCGAAUCUGUGCCAACACGACCCCGGGACCAGAGUCACCCUUCAACGCCGAUGCUCUAUAACGCAGCUCAUCAUGAUCAUGGUGUUAUGGAGGGACUGGACAGUGACGAGGAUGAGGCUAUGGAAGUACGCACGCAAUUGGGUGAUCCGGAUGAUCAUGAUGAUGCUAUGCAGGGCGUCGAAUAUACCGGCCCGUCGCACUCCAAUUCGGAACCUGGGAUCGCCGUGCCUUUGCCACCUCCGCAAUGCCAGAAGAAUGACGCCCCAAGGGAAGCAGAUUUUGCUAAACUCCGUGAUUCGUUGUCAUCCAAACAACACACACUCCUCGCCCUACCACCUCUAGGUCAUCGAGACGCCGAUCGCCGCCUGGAAGUACUCAUCGAGAAGCUGUCCGAGCGACGAGAAAGGCUUUCUGCUAUGGAAGCUUCCGCGUGGGAGAUAGAGAAGAUAAUGGCCGGCUUGUACAGGCUGCCUGACCAAGGCCAAGUAUGCACGCCGAAGGUGUACGAGUCCGCUGGUCUGCAUGCCGUGAGGAGGGCGCUGCCGCCAUUUCUUCUGAUCACCCUUCUCAUGGUCAGCGCACUCCAUACGAUUUCCGGUUUAAAUCGGGAAGCCGCCAACCUUAUCCUAGCGACUCUGCGGGCGCUGCUGUUUGGCGCGUUCAUUGCCUGCAGUGCGCCUCACGGGCGACGUCAACUCACCUCGGAACAGCAGGCGAUCCUUGAUUCGAUUCCUCGCGACAUCCGGUCGGUGAUGUCCCAACUCAAGGUCGAGCCCUCAAUGACAAAGUAUGCUGCCUGCCCCUCGUGCUCAUGUAUCUACGCACCGGACCACACAAAUGCCGACAAUCCUUACCCUGUCUACUGCACGUUUACCGAGACUGAUCGCCCGCCUUGUGGGACUUUGCUGGUGAAGAAAGCACGCACGUCGACGCAUAACAAACCCCGUGUUUCUUACUCCCCGCUCCGGCCUUAUCCCUACCACUCAAUAUUUUCAUGGGUUGCAGCCUUGUUUGCCCGGCACGAUCUCGAGGAGGCAGCAGAGAGCGCAUGGGUGCGAUCUAAGUCAUCCGAUGGCAAGUGGACGGAUAUCCUUCAGGCUCCUGCACUUCAGUCGUUCUGUGGACCCAACCGUGAAUUGUUUUCCAAGCAGCCUCACACCGACGUGCACCUUGUCUUCGGCUUGUACCUAGACUGGUUCAACCCCGGCGGGAACAAGAAGGCAGGAAAGUCUCAGUCACUGGGUGCAAUCUACCUCGCGGCUGGCUUUGCAGGCCACUCAUCAAAGCACUUUUGUUCCUUCUGCCUGCUUAAACGCUCUGAUAUCAACAACAUCUCGCGCCCAUGGCCAUCACGCACCUGGGACGAACACUUUGACAUUGCACGGAGAUGGCGCGACGCAGUCACGGCGCAGGAGCGAGACGCGUUGUUCGAGGAGCAUGGUUUACGCUGGUCCGAGCUUCUCCGUCUACCGUACUGGGACCCUACCCGAUUCGCAGUCGUUGACGCGAUGCAUAACCUUUUCCUUGGCGAGUUGCGGCAUCACUGCAUGUCGGUGUGGGGAAUCGACGUCAAGGACCACCAGGAGAAACAUGGGAAAGCGGUUAAGAAGACACUGCCGCAUACGCCCGAGGAACAGCAGAAAAACUUGGACAAGCUUCUCCAGGCAUUGCGGAAAGGUGUCGUCUCAGCUGUUAUGCAGCCGCGCAAGGGAUAUCUGGUCGCAUUGGCCCAACUGAACAAGAUCUCGCCAACAAGCCUGACAAAGCGAGCAUAUGCUACGGCGCUCCUGGAACGGUGUCUAGUCCACGGCGCAGAUAGUCUGCUUGUCCCACCUGUGCUUGACAACGAAACCGCUGACUUCCACCUCGCCAAUGGACCGUACGACAUCUCCAAGUUUCGUGUCCUUACACAGGACGUUAUCAAUCAAAUUCGUCACGACAUCAAAACCACCUACCUGCCGUCAUGGCUAGAGCGACCACCAUCGAACUUUGGCAGUGCAAGCCAUGGAAAGCUGAAGGCUGAUCACUGGAGAACGGUAUGCACCAUCAAUAUGGUCAUCACUCUCGUGCGAAUCUGGGGAGCCUCAACAGCAUCCAAGGGUGAACAUCGACUGCUGGAGAACUUCAUUCACCUUGUCAUUGCCGUGGAGUUAGCUUCCCGACGCUCCAUGGAUGCAGGUCGUGCCCGCCUCUUCGAUCAUCACAUGUUUGAGUAUCUACGCACGCUCAGAGACCUCUUUGAGAACAACCUCGUGCCCAAUCAUCACCUGUCUCUGCAUCUGUCGACGUGUCUCCAACUAUUUGGGCCUGUACACGGUUGGUGGGCAUAUCCUUUUGAGCGCUUCAAUGGGAUAAUUCAGCGUUUGAGCACGAACAACCAAAUCGACAAAAUUCCGUUGACAUAUAUGCGUGUUUUUCACGCUGCGGCCAACCUGCGCUGGCGAUUUGCAUCAACCGAAUGGCCGGAGAGCGAGGGCAUCCCUGAAGUACUGAAGGCAUUCACCGACGUCUACAAUGAUGCAGCCAGAGGCACCCGUGCCGUUGACAUCCUCGUGACAGCUCCCUCAUCCUACGAUGAUCUAUACCGAAGUAUGACUGACUCUCGACUUGACGAAGACAUCUAUGGCACCCUCAUCACUCUCCUGAACACUGCCAAGCGUACAUCAGACUUCGUACCCUUUUAUAGUGGCAACGAUGAUCGUCACAUCCCCAUUUCGCCCUUCGCUCGCGUUCUCCCCAAGGUCAAUGUCUCAGGCAUCACGUAUGGGACUCGCACUGGCAACAUUCGCAACUCCUUCCACGCCGCCAUGGAUCCCUACCGCAAAUUCCCUCUUCUGAACACACAGCUCCAUUACAAUCGCUUCUCGGAGCGCAGAGCAGUCAUACGUGCUGACGACGUCAUCACUCAUUUUGCAAGCCUGGUGUACAAUCCACAGGCAAUCGGCGAGAGUUGCAUUGUUGUUCGCUCGCUUGACCGUGAUACGACCGGAGGUGCUGAGGGGAGCUACUGGAAAGUGCUUAUUGCUGGACAUGAAUUGUGGUACUACUACAGCUGA